ACAUUUCUUUUUUAUUCCCGUUUUAUUUCAUCAUGUACGUAUGAUUCAGCUGAAAGCAUCGGUGAUGGAUCGCGUCCGAUGGCGUUCGUCGUUCGAUCUUCGGUUCGAAUAUUCGCGGGUCUGCACGCGAGGGUCGGGAUUUUUCUAUCCGUGUUUACAAAUUUCGCGAUUUGAUCGUUUCGCCCUUUGUGAAAGAUCGCCUGAUAGUUUUGACGGGCCACGCUAUGGAGAGGCUCAGGCGAUACGCAGUUCUGUUGCGGAUCUUUCGGUGCGGUAUUCCCACGGCAUCUACAGACGCGGCGCACGUAGAUGGAGGAAGCUGUACCGAGUGAAUGGUCAUAUAUUUCAGGCGAAACGUUUCAAUCGGCGAGCGUUUUGCGCGUUCUGCCAGGAUCGGAUUUGGGGACUAGGUCGACAGGGAUUCAAGUGCAUCCAAUGCAAGCUACUGGUCCACAAGAAAUGCCACAAGGUGGUGAGGAAGUCGUGCCUCAGCACGCAGCAACAGCAACAAAUGCCGAGUACGGAGGCACAAACGAUCGACAGAAACGGCGAUCAACAACAGCUUGAUUCCGUUCAAUGCAGUCCAGUUGCUCAUCUCGAAGAUGAGAUCUCAGAGUCGCCCAUCAUCGAGGAGCAUUCACGAAAUCGAACCGGAAGCGAAGAGAGGGAGGAAUUGCCGCUGGAUACGCUAAACGAUGCGGAUAACUCGAAUGAUAUGCAGAGGCAAUACUCAUUAAAUGAUUUCGAACUGAUUAAGGUAAUCGGUCGUGGUUCCUACGCUAAAGUUUUGAUGGUGGAACUGAAGCGUACAAAGAGGAUUUACGCGAUGAAAGUGAUCAAGAAAGCCUUGGUGACGGACGACGAGGACAUCGACUGGGUUCAAACAGAGAAACACGUCUUCGAAACUGCCUCAAAUCAUCCAUUCCUUGUGGGGCUGCACUCAUGCUUUCAGACCCCCUCGCGAUUAUUCUUCGUGAUCGAAUUUGUACGGGGCGGUGAUCUUAUGUUCCACAUGCAGAGACAACGUCGUCUUCCGGAAGAGCACGCUCGGUUCUACGCAGCUGAAAUUAGCCUCGCCUUAAACUUUUUACACGAAAAGGGUAUAAUAUACAGAGAUUUAAAAUUGGAUAAUGUACUACUCGAUCACGAAGGGCACGUUAAAUUAACUGACUAUGGAAUGUGCAAAGAAGGUGUCCGUGAGGGUGACACAACUUCCACAUUCUGCGGCACUCCAAAUUAUAUUGCUCCUGAAAUAUUACAGGGUGAUGAUUAUAGCUUCUCUGUAGAUUGGUGGGCACUUGGAGUACUUUUGUACGAAAUGCUUGCAGGGCGUAGCCCAUUUGAUAUCGCAGGCGCAUCAGAGAAUCCCGAUCAAAACACCGAAGAUUAUCUGUUCCAAGUUAUUUUAGAGAAAACAAUUCGUAUACCUAGGUCAUUAUCAGUAAAAGCGGCUUCUGUUCUUAAAGGUUUCCUUUGCAAAGAUCCUACUAAAAGAUUAGGUUGCGGUAAAAGGCCAACAGCUUUCCUUGAUAUCGUCGCUCAUCCUUUCUUUAAAGCAAUUGAUUGGGAAAUGUUGGAACAGAAACAAGUUACACCGCCUUACAAACCACGUUUAGAUUCUGAUCGUGAUUUAGCCAACUUCCCACCAGAAUUUACAGAUGAACCCGUUCAUUUAACGCCAGAUGAUCCGAGGGUAAUUGACAAGAUCGAUCAGAGUGAAUUCGAAGGCUUUGAAUAUGUGAACCCGUUACUCAUGUCUCUGGAAGACUGCGUGUGACAAGAACCGCUCGUUAUUGUGCAACGUCACAAUGAACACCAACAGCAAUUGCAGCCGUGUUACAUGUAUGAAUUACAAGACAAACUUGCGAUGCUUCGUAUUGAUCCUCUAUUGAACAUCAGCUCAAGAAAUCGAGGUUAUCACAACAAC